CUCGGAGGUUGGAAGUCUACCUCCAUAGUUCGUAUAUUCAUUGUUCCAUGACCCAUAGUCACAUACUCACGUGUACUCUGUGUGUGUUUACUCUAUGGUCCAGCAUGAGUAUGGCAUGAAAAUGCACCAAUAGGCACAUGGAAAAUACUGUAAAUGCGUCAAAAUAUGUAAUCUACUUGGCAUUUUGUCAUGGUGUAAACGGCGUUUGGUCGUCCAUUGGCACUACUACAUAGUCCGGUGGUAUGUGGAGGGUGGAGUUAGAGUGGUUUGGUUAGUCUUUAAUUUGGCCGUCUGGAACAUUUAGACAUCUGACAUUUUCACUUUGCGGGCGAUUGCGGCUAGUUCAGGAAAUCGUGUGCAACUGUAAUUUCUGUACUAUAAAGAUGUCGAAAAAUCCAUUUGUAUGUAAGACGCGUAGACGAAAGAAGGCCAAAACAACCCCUACCCCUAUUGUCAAGCCAAAAGAGAAGGCAUUUUGCCCUCGUUCCAUGGUACGUUAUGAAGGAUCACCCAAUGACUACAGUACUAAAUGGGUGUGCAAAAUGUGCUUGAAAUGUUUGUUGAGUGAAGCAGCUGUUUUAAACCAUGUGGCCAGUUGCACUUCAUCAUCUCGACCACAACUUCCUGCAGUGCUAACUAAUAACAAUGAAGAUACUCGUUACAUUUGUGAGUUUUGCAAUAAAAUAUUUUCACGACGUGUAACACUAAAGAAGCACUUGGAAGAACAUGAAAAAUCGUCGAGCAGUCUUGGCUCAGAACAAUCUGACAACGAAGUUGAAGAUGAUCCUUCAAUGGCAGAUGAUGACGACAAACCUGAGGAGCCAAUUCCAUGCAGUAGCAAGGAUUUAAUUUAAUAAUUUAUUGUAUUUUUAUUAUUUUUUAAUUUCAUAUAAAAUAUCAUUUUUUUUUUUUUU